AUGGAUGUCACACGCGAGAUCGAUGUCGUUGAGACACCCCUGGUGACCAGGAAGCCUUACGCCACUGAUGAAGUUUGGGACUGCCAUCGAUCUAUCAUUACCAAACUCUAUCAAGAUGACAAGAGGACUUUGAAGCAAGUUAAACAAAUCAUGGAACGUGAUCACAGCUUCUAUGCCACUGAGAGAAUGUUCAAGACGCGGCUGCGGAGCUGGGGGCUUGAGAAAAAGCUCAAGGAAACCGAGGUCUGGCAUAUAGUCCAACUCAAUCGGGAGCGCGAAGCAAGGGGAAAGAAGUCAGAGUUCUAUAUUCGAAAUCAGCGAGUUCGUUGGGAACGACUUGUGCGCUAUCUUGUCAGACGCCCAGACUUGCGCCGCAAGCUUGGGACCUCCACCCAGACGCCAAUCAACGCGGACCUUGACAUCAUCUGCCGAACGCCCUCUCCAUCUCUUGAUCUGCCCGCUUUCCUAGGCGGACCCCCUGAAGUCCGGCUUCCGGAAGAAAUGUUACGAAUCUUCCAAGGGUAUUUUGAGGGGGGGCUGGAAAGCGGGUGGGCAAUAGAGGAAGACAAAAUACAUGGGUUUGAUGAAGAAUUCGGUCAGCUGCGGGUCGUUGAGAUGCGCACCGGUCUGGACAAUGCAAUAACUUUGUUGUGGACAAACAAACUGGAGGCUGCGUUCCUCGCCUUAAAUAACAGCCUCGACUCGCUGGGACAUUCGAUCAAAGAGCAAGACCCGCUCCUCUUUUAUAUCUUAGCCUACCGCACCCUGCAGCUUGGACCUAGGAUAGCUGAUACUGUGGUCGAUUUCAUCUAUGAAAUGCAUGUAGCAAUGUUGGGUCACCGACACCCCCUUGCUCUUGUUUGGAGCAAGUUCAGGUGCCUUUCACUGGAACUUCGUGCGAGGGCUCUCACUUUGAUGGCCGGCAGUAGCGUUCAGCUACUGCGAGGCCAACUGGGAAUCCUGAACAGAGUGGUGGCAUUGGCUCUUGGGUCAACAUCGAAUGUUCUCGACAAUCCGGGUCAGACUGAUGGAACCCAUUUCAGCGAGCUCCUCUUGAAGUACGCUUCGGCCAGUGAAUCAUACUUCGCAGAGGGAAACUAUCAGAGCUCCUGCGAAUGUCACUUGGUCGUAGCCGGAAUCUACUCAUGGGGGCAGGAGUAUGAGCUGACCAAGCAGUCUCUGGCUCGUGCUCACUUUCUGAUUCAAGACAACAACGACAGUAAAGAAAGUCCAGAAAGGUCAUGGCUUCGGCUGGAGCUCUCAUACUAUGAAAUAAUGGGUCGUCUAUCCUAUCAGACUGGUUCGACUGAUGAGGCUCUUGCAUAUGGGUGCAAAGCAUACUGGCAUGCAGCAGAGCAUUUCCAGCCAAACAAGCACCAAUUGCUGAGAGCCAUCCGAAACCUCAUCGAUAUCUGUCGUCAGACUGGCCGAGGAGAGGAAGCUGAGCGAUGGUGUCAAGUAUUACUCGCAAACAUGUCGGGUGAGAGACAGGGAUGA